UAGUUUAGGACUUAAGGUUAAUUCAUUUUGAACGAAAAGUAAGCGCGACAUUCGGAUUCUGAUGAACACACAUGCCAUCUAGUGGUUAAAAUUUCAACGUUUUGAACUCGGAAGCAGACGACGUUUCUUGACAAUCUCAGUCCGGAGUUCGGUCUCUAAUUCACGGGAUAGUUCAAAGAAAUGAAAUCAAAAUAACAAUAAUUCUUGUGGACUUUUGUGAUUAUUGUAGAAUUGGAUGGCCAAUAGGGAAAAUGGCAGACAGUCGUUUUCUCUUUUGUGUUUUUGUCUUGACAGUCAUUUUCUUGAAUGUUCAUACGAUACACGGAUAUUAUUAUGAUAAAGGCCCAGUACAAACGUUAACUAAAUGCCCAGGAUAUUAUUGUGGCCGACAUCAGAUUCCAGCUGAAAAUGGAACCAGUAUAUGGAGCUCUUGUGGUUCAUGUCCAAGAGGUUCACGGGUCAACAGUACCUGGGCAUGCUCGGAUUGCAACAGUUCCCCGACUGUUUAUGAUUGGAUGUAUCUUUGCUUCAUGGUAGUUGUAGGUUUGCUAGCACAGUGGUACAGUAUAGAUAUGAUGACACCAAACUCUCAGUUUUCUUGGAAAACAUUUGGUACACAUUUGUCUGCAUUCAUUGAGACUUGUCUUUCAGCUUCCAUCACAUUGCUGAUUCAUGAGCCAUUUGGUUCACUACAGUUAAAAUCCUGUGCCGUGGAGCAAUUAUCUGACUGGUACACUAUUUUGCACAACCCUAAUCCUAACUAUGAGGAAGUUUUGCAUUGUGCCCAAGAAGCUGUCUAUCCAUUGUACAGCAUAGUUUUCAUCCAUUAUGGACUGUCGGUAUUUAUGCUAUUCAUCAUCAGACCUUGGAUGAAUAGAGCGUUUCACAACAGAGGUCAUUCUGCAUCGAGACCAACUUAUGCAGCUCUCUAUUUGUUUCCUAUAUUAGCCUUGAUCCAUGGAGUUAUGGCCGGAUUAAUCUGUAAGUUGUCCAAUCUAUCUGGUAUGCUAAUCGCUAAGGUUUUUAUUCAUUUAGAUUACGCCUUCCCCUCCAUUAUAAUUCUGCUAUCACUCAUGAGCCAUGCAUUUCACUUUGCCUCAAGAUCCGAUCAGUCGUGGAGAGCGCUACUUUACGAAACAGUUUCGUGCAUUCAUAAUUUGGUUGUGGUCAUUGGACAUUGGAUGUUGCACGGUUUCGGCUUGGUGGCCCUGACGUUGUGGUUGCAACCUCAGCUGUUGGCUGGAAUUCUUACCCUCGUCCCUUUACCAACUUUCCUCUACAUCAUUCUUUCUCGUUUCACUGAUCCCGGGAAAUUCCAUUCCGAUUAAUGAUCGCCUCCCAGAUAUUGAAAAGAAAUACGUUUCGUUUUUAAAAGAAAUAUUUUCAUAUUUCUAUGUAAAUAAUAUCAUGUGUUUGAAUUUUAUUCAACAUCAAACUGUUUGAAAGUAA